AUGGAUGCUUACUCAGGGUACAACCAGAUCUUCAUGCACCUUGAGGACCAAGCUCAUACAUCCUUCAUCACUGAUCGUGGCCUUUACUGCUACAAAGUUGUGCCCUUCAGCCUCAAGAAUGCCGGGGCUAUGUAUCAACGUCUGGUGAACAGCAUCUUCGCUCCACUGAUUGGUAACACCAUGGAGUAUCGGAUGAGGCUUAACCCCACCAAGUGUGCAUUUGGGGUGGCUUCCGGCAAAUUCCUUGGCUUCAUGAUUAGCCAAAGGGGUAUUGAGGCCAACUCGGAGAAGAUCCAGGCCAUUUUAGACACGGCGAUACCCAAGACGGUCAAGGACAUUCAGAGCCUUAUCGGGCGUGUCGAAGCCUUGACCAGAUUUAUCUCUAAGGCCGCUGAUCGUUGCGCCCCAUUCUUCAAGGCACUUAAGGGUAGCAAAUCAAGCAUUACCUGGACUGCCGAAUGUGACCAGGCCUUCGGCGAGCUUAAGGCAUACAUGAGCCGAGCCCCUUUAUUGUCAACCCCUGAGUCUGGGGAUGUCCUCACCAUCUAUCUCUCUAUCUCGGCUACAGCGGCUAGCUCCGUGCUCAUUCGACCACACGAAUGUGCUGAGCAUCUGGUGCACUAUGUGAGCAAAGGAUUGCAGGAUGCGGAGACUCGGUACCCAGACAUUGAGAAACUUGCUUUCGCACUGCAAGUGUUGCAAAAGCCAGAGACUUCUGGGAGGUUAGUUAAGUGGGCUAUUGAACUUGGUGAGUUUGAUAUCCACUACAAACCCCACCAAGCCACAAAGGGCCAAGCCGUGGCUGAUUUCAUAUUUGAAUUCACCGAACCCCAUACUCUGGCUAGUCCUCAGAUUGCAAUCAAGCCUACUCCUACCUCGAACCAGGUCCACGUCGCCAGCAACGGCUCCCUAGACUUAACUCAGCCCUUAUGGACCUUAUAUGUGGAUGGCUCUUCGAAUGCCCAUGGAUGUGGAGCUGGCCUCGUUCUCAUCUCCCCAGACAAGGUUGUCCUUGAGUACGCCCUCCGCUUCAAAUUCCACGCCUCCAACAAUGAGGCCGAAUACGAAGCAUUCUUAGCCGGCCUUCGGCUAGCCCAGGAGAUGGGCGCCAAGCAAAUCCAAAUAUUCAGCGACUCGCAGCUUGUUGUCCACCAAGUCAACCAGGACUUCACGACCAAGGACGCCUCCAUGAUAGCCUACCUCCAACAUACCCGCCAUCUGCUUACAACUUUCAAUGCUUAUCUCAUAGGUCAGGUGCCACGCUUUGAGAACAGCCAUGCCGAUGCAUUAGCAAGGCUAGCCUCGGCGAUGGAGCAGGGCAUAGGUCGCAACAUCCACAUCGAGUUCUUGGACCAGCCCAGCACACGGGCACCACUCAUCUGUGUCAUCGAUCACAGCCCUACAUGGAUGGACCCUAUCACUCAGUUCUUCCAGAACCAAACACUAUCUCAGACUGUUUCGUGA